AUGACGUCCAAGACGCACCCCCGCUCGCCGUCCCCUCCCCCGAGCGCGGCGCAGCCGUCGCUGCUGAAAAGGCUCAAGUCCAGCCACAUUUCUGAAGAUCCCCCGUCCGCCGCGCCCGACCCGACGCCCCACUUCGCGGCGGACCUGUUCGUCCCGUCAAACAUUCAUAGAUUGCAUACAGAAUACGAGAACAGCGGGCCCUUCAAGCACGCCGUCGUGGAGAAGCUGUUCCAGGACGACCUGCUGAAGCAGGUCAAGGACGAGGCGCUCGCAGAGCUCAGCUUCUCGGAGAAGGAGACGGAUAUUUACAAGGUCUACCAAACCGGCGACCUCGCGUCGCUCUCGUACCUCAGCGAGCAGCAGCUCGCCCUUCUCCCCAACCUCCUCACCCUUCGCGAUGCGCUCUACUCCCCCAUGUUCCGCAACUUCCUCCGCGCCGUCACCGGCUGCGGUCCUCUCUCAGGCACAAAGCAGGACAUGUCCGUCGUGUCCUACCGAAAAGGAUGCCAUCUGCUCAACCACGACGAUGUCAUCGGCACCAGGCGUGUCUCGUACAUCCUCUACAUGCCCCUGCCCCACUACCAAGGAUGGCAGGCGGAUUGGGGCGGCGCGCUAGAGCUCUACCCUGUGAAGCCAGGUCCGGAUGGCGUCCCCGAACCUGAGCCCGUCCCCGAGAAGAGCGUGCCCCCGGUCUGGAAUCAAUUCAUAUUCUUCGAGAUUCAGCCAGGGCGCAGUUUCCAUUCGGUAGAAGAAGUCGUUGUGGGGGAGUCCGAGGACGGGCGGCAACGACUGAGCAUCAGUGGCUGGUUCCAUGCCGCUCAGCCGGGCGAAGAGGGCUACGCGCCAGAACCCGAGCCAGAAUUGAAAAGCUCUCGUGAGCAACUUACGUCUACCCAAACCGACUUCAAGCCGUACCCCGAAAACGUAGAUCCGCCAUUGCCAGACGAGCCUCUCUCAGAAGAGCAUGUCUCCUUCCUCUCCGAGUUCCUCAACCCCGUCUACCUCCAAGCCCGCACCAUGAAAGCCCUCGCCUCCCGCUUCGUCGAGGAAUCGAGUCUCGAGCUGCACUCCUUCCUCUGCGCCCCCCUCGCAGACAAGCUCCGCACCGGCCUCGUUGAGAAAGAUGACCAAGACGGGCUCGGCCCGAGCCGCGCGACGCGUAUCCCCCCACACACCGCCGGCAGUGGGGGCGCGUGGCGGAUCCGCGGCCCCCCGCACAAGUGGCGGUACGGUGCGCUGCGGCCGCUCGAGGGCACCGGCCCCAAGAUGGCGGUCAGCCCGCGGUGGGCGCACGCGGACGUCGACGACGUGAUCAGGGGCCUGCAGGACGAGCUGUAUCCCAGCACGGCGUUCCGCGCGUGGCUCGCGUGCGUGUCGAAGCUGCUGCCCGUGCGGCACGCGGAGGAGGCGCGGCGGUUCCGCCCGGGCUUGGACUAUACGUUGGCGACGAGCGAGCCGUCGGAGGCCAGGCUGGACGUCGUGCUGGGCUUGACGCCGCAAGUCGAGACGCAAGGCGCAGAGGGCGCGCAGAACGGGCACACGAACGGACAUGUAAGCACGGAGGAGGUUGCGCCUGUUGGGUGGCAGACAGGGGAAUGGGGCGGAUGGGAGUGCUACAUGGCUCCGCACGACGAGGAAGAUGAUCCCGCAGUUUACCGCUCUGGAUCGUCGAAGAAAAAGAAUGAGGCUAACGGUACCAACGGUCAUUCAGCGUCUAAAGAAGAGGGAGCCAUGCAAGGUGUGGAAGAGGAUGAGGAAGACGACGACGACGACGGCACGUUGUUGACAGUCCAGCCUGGCUUCAACAGGCUACUGCUUGUCCUGCGUGAUGAGGGCGUGAUGCACUUCGUGAAGUACGUCUCUGCCGCCGCUGAGGGCUCACGAUGGGACAUUUGCGGGGAGUUCGAGAUUGGGAUGAUUCAGGUGGAGUCUGGAGAUGAGUCAUGAUGCAAGCAAGAGUCUCAUCUUGUCUGCGGUUGUGCAUACGCUAUCUAUGUAUCCUACCGCUGUCCCUACCUUGUGUACUAAGAUAUUCGCCCUGCUAUAAUCUAACCACUGUAUCACUCCGUAAUGACAUACCAUG